AUGGAUUGUGAGGAGUACUGGGACCAUGCAGUCAAGUUCGAUUUCGAUCCCCCAAGCUUGUGGGAUCACACCUACCGCAUGUUCGACACCCUCUGCAGCACGAAGGAGCCUCUAGAGGAUGUGUUCGGCAGCCUCGCUUCCGAAUUUGCUGACGAAUCGAACCAGUCACAGAUCACGCUCCCGCGCGUCUUCUUUUUGUCGAGCUUGCUUCCUAGAUGGGAGACUGAAGAGUUUCCUCCGGUUCGGCUGCAUUUGCAAGAUUUGCAAAACCGAGAGGUGAGAAAGAGAAAAAAGAAGGACGGCCUCACAAGCCAAUUGGACCGUCAGCGAGACGGCGACGGGGACUCGAGGCCCGCAGGCCAUUUGUCCCAGUUCCGAUCGGUCGCUUCCAUGGCGGCCCUGAGAAAGUAUGCUGCGAGCAGCUUUGAGAACAUGGCGGGCCUUUGGGCUGGGCAGCUGUUUCUGCCUGGGCACCUGUAUCACGACAGGGGCAAUGGUGCAUGA